CGCCCGCCCUCACUCCCUCCCUGCCGCCUGCGAAGCCGCCGCCGAGCAGCCCUUCUCCCCUCAGCGCCCCGGAGCCGCGGGGCGGAGCGGGGCGGCGGCGAUGGCCACCGUGGUGGUCGAAGUGGACUCGGAGCCCUCCUGCAGCAUCCCCAACCCCACCUCCCCCUCGCCCAGCCUCUCCCACCGCUUCCUGGACAGCAAGUUUUACCUGCUGGUGGUCGUCGGGGAGCUGGUGACCGAGGAGCACCUGCGGCGAUCCAUCGCCAACAUCGAGCGAGGAAUCCGUUCAUGGGACACAAACCUAAUUGAAUGCAACUUGGAUCAAGAGCUGAAACUUUUUGUGUCUCGCCAUUCAGCUCGAUUCUCUCCUGAAGUUCGAGGUCAGAAGAUUCUUCAUCACAGAAGUGAUGUCUUAGAAACUGUAGUCCUGAUCAAUCCCUCAGAUGAAGCUGUUAGUACUGAGGUGCGCUUAAUGAUAACAGAUGCUGCAAGACACAAGCUCCUUGUACUGACUGGACAGUGCUUUGAAAACACAGGAGAACUCAUUCUUCAGUCAGGGUCCUUCUCCUUCCAGAACUUCAUUGAGAUCUUCACAGAUCAAGAGAUUGGUGAAUUAUUGAGCACCACACACCCUGCCAACAAAGCCAGCCUAACUCUUUUCUGCCCUGAGGAAGGGGACUGGAAAAAUUCCAACCUUGACAGACACAACCUUCAAGACUUCAUUAACAUUAAACUCAACUCAGCUUCCAUAUUGCCUGAAAUGGAAGGACUCUCUGAAUUCACAGAAUAUCUGUCAGAAUCGGUAGAAGUGCCAUCACCCUUUGACAUUUUGGAACCACCAACCUCAGGAGGCUUCUUGAAGCUCUCCAAACCCUGCUGUUAUAUUUUCCCAGGGGGAAGAGGGGAUUCUGCAUUGUUCGCAGUGAAUGGAUUCAACAUGCUUAUCAAUGGAGGAUCUGAAAGAAAAUCUUGCUUUUGGAAACUUAUCCGACAUUUGGACAGGGUAGAUUCCAUUCUGCUCACUCACAUUGGGGAUGACAACCUGCCAGGAAUCAAUAGCAUGCUUCAGCGAAAGAUAGCUGAACUAGAAGAGGAACAGUCCCAAGGUUCUACUGCCAACAGUGACUGGAUGAAAAAUCUGAUCUCACCUGAUUUAGGAGUUGUAUUCCUUAAUGUACCUGAGAACCUGAAGAACCUGGAUCCUAGCUUUAGAGUAAAAAGGAGCGUAGAAGAAGCUUGUUUUACUCUCCAGUAUUUAAAUAAAUUGUCUAUGAAACCCGAACCUCUUUACAGAAAUGCGGGAAAUACCAUUGACCCUAUCAUUUUAUUUCAGAAAAUGGGCGUUGGGAAGCUCGAGAUGUAUGUGCUUAAUCCUGUCAAAAAUAGCAAAGAGAUGCAAUAUUUUAUGCAGCAGUGGAGUGGUACUAACAAAGAUAAAGCUGAAUUGCUGCUACCAAAUGGCCAAGAACUAGACAUUCCCAUAUCUUACUUCACUUCUGUCUCAUCACUGAUUGUGUGGCAUCCAGCUAACCCUGCAGAAAAAAUAAUCCGAGUUCUGUUUCCUGGAAAUAGCACCCAAUAUAAUAUUCUAGAAGGACUAGAAAAACUCAAACAUUUAGACUUCCUUAAGCAACCAAUGGUUACACAAAAAGACCUAACUGGGAACAUUGCCAGUCCAGCUGUGAAACAAGCAAAGUUUAAACAACGAACUGACAGCAAGGAGAAUCUCAGGCCUGCUGCGAAGACACCACCAAGCAAGCCUGCCAGAAAAGAAUCUAAAGAAGAAACACCAGAGCCUGCAAAGCCUAGUCCAGCACCAGAAAAGGCUCAGAAGUUGGAAAGCAAAGAAAAAGUUCCAGCUAAAAAAGAGAAACCAGCAAAAGUGGAGACAAAACCUACAGCGAUGGAAAAAGACAUAACAAGUAAAGAAGAACAAUUAGUGAAAUCUGAAACUCCUGAAAAACAGGGUACAGAUGUAAAACCAAAAGUGUCAAAAGAGAAGCCAGUGAAAAAGGAAGCCAAAGCAAAACCUGAAGAAAAGAAAGAGGAAAAAGAAAAAACAAAGAAAGAUAUUUCUAAAAAAGAGGAGAAAACACCCAUCAAAAAAGAGGAAAAACCCAAAAAAGAAGAGAUCAAGAAAGAAGUUAAAAAAGAGGUGAAAAAGGAAGAGAAGAAGGAAAUUAAGAAGGAAGUAAAGAAAGAAGCUCCACCAAAGGAAGCUAAAAAAGAAACUAAAAAGGAAGAGAAGAAGGAAACUAAGAAGGAAGAGAAAGAAGCCAAAAAGGAUAUUAAAAAGGUUCCAAAAGAAACCAAGAAGACAGCUGCUCCUUUGGCUGAAUCCAAAAAGCCAGCAGCAAAGCCUAAGCCACAAAAGAAGGAGGAACCUGCUAAAAAAGAAGCAGCACCUGCUGGAAAGCCAAAGGCAAAAGGAAAAAUUAAGACUGUGAAAAAGGACAUCAAAGUCAGUGGAGCACAAGCUGCCCUUGCAGCAGUUGGAGUUGCUGCCACAGCUGUAGCAGCUGCAGAAGUUACAGCAAGUGGAAAGGAACUUGAAGCAGAGAGAUCCCUUAUGUCUUCACCAGAGGAUUUAACAAAGGAUUUUGAGGAAUUAAAAGCUGAAGAAAUAGAAGUAAUAAAAGAAAGAAAAGUUGCACUUAUAGAGGAUGAACUGAAACUCACUGGCACAGUACAAAAAGAAAAAUUAGAUAACGAAGGACCUGCUGAGUCCUCUGAUGAAGGCAUAACUACCACAGAGGCUGAAGGGGAGUGUGAACAGACACCUGAAGAACUGGAACCUGUGGAAAAGCACAGAGUUGAUGACAAUGAAAAGUUUGAAGAUGAGGGAACUGGCUUGGAAGAAUCAUCUGAACCAGGAGAUUAUGAGGAAAAGGCAGAGACAGAAGAAGCUGAAGAACGAGGUGAAGAUGAAGAAGAAAAGACACCACUAGACACCAGAAAAGCAUAUAUAGAAGAAACAAGAAAACUUGAAGAGAGCUCAGAAGAAAUAAUAGCUGAAGAAGAUGCUAAUAUUAAAGAUGAGAGGUAUAUUGAAAAAGCAGAUUAUGAGGCAUCAGAUGAACGGGCUGAGGAGGACAGAGAAGAUGCAAUAGAAAAGGCAGAAACUGAAGAGACUGAAGAAGAGGAGGAAGACAAAGCAGAAGACGUCAGAGAUGAAGAGGAGACUGAAAAAAUAGAAACUGAAGAAGAUUAUGUGAUGGCUGUGGUAGAUAAAGCCACAGAGGCUGGUGAAGUUGAGGAUAAAUAUGGUCUACUCAUUAUUACACCAACGAAACGCUCAGUGCCUCAGUCUCCAGCAUUUGAACCAGCUGCUUCUAUCCAUGAUGAGACAUUACCUGGUGGUUCAGAAAGUGAAGCCACUGUUUCUGAUGAAGAAAAUAGAGAAGAUCAACCUGAGGAGUUCACUGCUACUUCAGGUUACACACAGUCUACCAUUGAAAUAUCCAGUGAACCAACUCCAAUGGAUGAGAUGUCAACACCCCGGGAUGUCAUGAGUGAUGAAACUAACAACGAGGAAAGUGAGUCACCCUCUCAGGAGUAUGUGAAUAUUACCAAGUAUGAGACAUCUCUCUACUCUCAAGAGUUUGGCAGACCUAAACUUUCUCCACUUCCAGAUGCUUUUAAUGGAUUAUCUGAAGGAUCCAAAACAGAGGCCACAGAAGGUAAAGACUAUAAUGCCUCAGCUUCCACCAUCUCACCACCUUCUUCAUUAGAGGAAGACAAAUUCUGCAAGUCUGCAUUCCAAGAUGUGUACCGGCAAAAAGAAAGUGAAAUCCAAGUCACUGCUAAAUUAGAAAUCAAAGAACCCUAUCAAGAGGAUGUUGGUGGAAAACGUAGUCCAACCAAGAGUCCAGCUGAAAGUUUGUCCCCUCCAUCACCUGUUGCCAAAACGCCACUGAGUGAACGUAGUGUGAACUUUUCGCUUACUCCAAAUGAGAUCAAGGUCUCAUCUGAGCCUGUCCCUCUUGCUACAUUGCCUGAUGUACACCAAGAAGUUGCUGAAGAGCGCUGUGCAAGCCCUGAAGAUAAAACGUUAGAAGUAGCAUCUCCUUCACAGUCUGCUGCUGGUAGUGCUGGACACACACCUUAUUAUCAGUCUCCCACUGAUGAAAAGUCCAGUCAGCUUCCCUCUGAAACCAGUGAAAAGUCAACAGAAGCUCCUGUUAGCUUUGAAUUCAGUGAAGUCAUAGACGAGUCUGCAAAAUCCAGAGUAAGCCCUAUGGAUGAGCCUGUGCCAGAUUCAGAAUCUCCUAUUGAAAAGGUUCUCUCGCCUCUACGGAGUCCACCACUGAUAGGUUCAGAGACCACUUAUGAUACAUUUUUGAGUGCUGAUUUAAAGUCUCCUACCAGAGAUUACAGAAGUCCUUUUGAGAAAAAAAAUGAAAAAGAAAAAUCACCUGUUCAGAUGAGCCCAGCUUCUGAAGCCAGCUCCGUGGGGCUUUUACAAGAGAAACAAGAUGAAAAAAGCAUUGAGUUUAUGGUAAUUAAGGAAAGCUUCAGCCUAGAAAGGAAAAUGGAGGAUACAGAACCCAGCAGCUCCCAGUCUUCACUGGUCUUGGAUGAGCGGAAGUUAGGAGGUGACCUCUCACCUACUCAAAUAGAUACCAGUCAGAUCGGAUCUUUAAAAGAAGAUACCAAAAUGUCAAUUUCUGAAGGCACUGUUUCUGACAAGUCUGCAACUCCUGUUGAUGAGGUUGUAGCAGAAGACACUUAUUCCCACAUAGAAGGAGUAGCUUCUGUCUCUACAGCAUCUGUUGCUACUAGUUCAUUUCCGGAACCAACUACUGAUGAUGUAUCACCUUCUUUGCAUGCUGAGGUUGGAUCUCCCCACUCUACUGAAGUUGAUGAUUCCCUUUCAGUGUCAGUUGUACAAACACCAACAACUUUUCAGGAGACAGAAAUGUCUCCAUCUAAGGAAGAGUGCCCAAGGCCCAUGUCAAUUUCUCCACCAGAUUUCUCACCUAAAACUGCAAAAUCGAGAACACCAGUGCAUGAUCACAGAUCUCCUGAGCAGUCAACUAUGUCAGUGGAAUUUGGUCAGGAGUCCCCUGAGCAGUCUUUAGCAAUGGACUUUAGUAGGCAAUCUCCAGAAUAUCCUACUUUAGGCACUAGUAUACACCACAUAUCUGAAAACGGACCAACAGAAGUAGAUUAUAGCCCUUCAGAUAUACAGGAGCCUACUUUUGCACAGAAGAUUUCCCCUGUGGAGCAGUCAUCUUACUCUCAGGAGAAAGAUAUUUCAGAAAUUAUUUCAGUUUCUCAAAUUGAAGCUUCAUCCUCAACUUCAUCAGCUCAUACACCUUCCCAGGUAACUUCACCACUGCCAGAGGAAGCUUUUUCAGGUGCUGUUCCACCCAGAGAAAUGUCACUGCAUUCUUCUUUUACCUCAGAAAAGGUGCAGAGUCUAGGAGAAAAGCUGUCACCAAAGUCUGAUCUAUCUCCAUUAACUCCAAGGGAAUCUUCUCCUCUGUACUCUCCUAGUUUUCCAGAUUCACCUCCUGCAGUCACAGAAGCAGUGUCAUCUAGUCACACACCUUCACUGUCACUGCAAAUGUCCUCUGUCAAAGCAUUUGGAUACCAGGAACCCCUAAUGAAGCACAGUCCAGAACCCUUGCUCAGCCCAGAAAAAGAAGACUCAGAGAAGAGCAGCAGGUCACCAGAAGAACUUAGUUAUUCUUACGAGGCUGCAGAGAAAACCACUAGGUCACCAGAGGAUGUUAGCUACUCCUGUGAGGCAGUUGGAAAAUCUACUAGACCACCUCAGGUUAUGGAUUAUUCCUGUGAGACAAUUGAGAAAACUACUAGGUCACCUGAGGCCACAGAUUAUUCCUAUGAGAAAAUUGCAAAAACUAUAAGGUCUUCUGAGGCCGUAGAUUAUUCUUAUGAGAUGACUGGAAAAACCACCAGGUCACCUGGGGCCACAGAUUAUUCAUAUGAGACAGCAGGGAAAACCACUAGGUCACCCGGAGACACAGAUUAUUCUUAUGAGAUAACAGGGAAAACCACUAGGUCACCUAGGGACACAGAUUAUUCCUAUGAGAUAACAGGAAAAACCACUAGGUCACCUGAGACCACAGAUUAUUCCUAUGAGAUAGUUGGGAAAAGCACCAAAUCACUCAAGGCCACAGAUUAUUCCUAUGACAGAACUGAGAAAACUAUCAGAUCACCUGAUACCAUGGAUUACUCCUAUGAAACAACAGGGAAAACCACUAAAUCACCAGAAGCCAUUAGCUACUCUUAUGAGACAACUGGGAGAAGUACCAGGUCACCAGAGGCCAUGGCUUACUCUUAUGAGACAACUGAAAAAGCCUCCAGUUCACCUGAAGCCACAGAUUACUCAUUUGAGGCAACUGGGAGAGCCAUCAGGUCACCUGAAGCUACUAGCUAUUCCUGUGAAGCAAGUGCACAUUUCACUCCAGAAAAAACAUUAGCAGAAUCCCGUCAAGAUGUUGACUUAUGCCUUGUGUCCUCUUGCGAAUAUAAACAUCCAAAAACUGAACUUUCACCCUCUUUUAUCAACCCAAACCCCCUUGAGUGGUUUGCAAGUGAGGAACAGUCUCAAGAUCAAGAGAAGCCAUUCACUCAAUCCGGGGGAGCCCAGCCACCUUCUGGGGGAAAGCAGCAAGGGAGGCAGUGUGAUGAAACCCCUCCCACAUCUGUGAGCGAGUCUGCCCCAUCUCAGACGGAUUCGGAUGUUCCUCCUGAGACUGAGGAAUGCCCUUCCAUCACUGCAGAUGCUAACAUUGACUCAGAAGAUGAGUCAGAAACCAUUCCGACAGACAAGACAAUUACGUACAAACACGUUGACCCACCACCUGUUCCAAUGCAGGAUCGCAGCCCUUCCCCUAGGCACCCUGAUGUUUCCAUGGUUGAUCCAGAGGCUCUGCCUAUUGAUCCGAAUAUGGGUAAACCUUUGAAGAAGGACCUCAAAGAAAAGACAAAGACAAAAAAGCAAGGUACCAAGACCAAGUCAUCUUCUCCUGUUAAAAAAAGCGAUGGAAAAUCAAAACCAGUGGCUUCACCAAAGCCAGCUAUAAAAGAAUCUUUAGACAAAAUUUCCAAAACAGCUUCCCCCAAAAAGAAAGAAUCUGUGGAGAAAGCAACCAAAAAUGUCACUAAUCCAGAAGUGAAGCCUCGAGUGGAAGAGAAAGAUAAGGAUACCAAGAAUGCAGCAAAUACAACAUCCAAGUCAGCAAAGACUGCAACCGCAGGACCUGGGAAUACUAAGGUGGCAAAAUCUACAGCAGUGCCUCCAGGACCUCCAGUGUAUUUGGAUCUGGUGUACAUUCCCAACCACAGCAAUAGCAAGAAUGUUGACGUUGAGUUUUUCAAGAGGGUGCGGUCAUCCUACUAUGUGGUGAGCGGGAAUGAUUCUGCAGCUGAGGAGCCAAGCAGGGCUGUUCUGGACUCCCUGCUGGAAGGCAAGGCACAGUGGGAGAGUAACAUGCAGGUAACCUUAAUCCCAACCCAUGACUCAGAAGUGAUGAGGGAAUGGUACCAAGAGACCCAUGAGAAACAGCAAGACCUCAACAUCAUGGUUUUGGCAAGCAGCAGCACUGUUGUUAUGCAAGACGAAUCUUUUCCUGCAUGCAAGAUAGAACUGUAAGAACGAGACCGUGCAACACAAGAUUAAACUGUGUUUCCAGAAAUUCUUCGGUUUGAAAACACCUUUUCUAAAAAUACAACUCAUCUAUUUCAACUGCUGAACUAUAUACCUGCCAAAUGCUAUACUGUGUCACAGUGAUGCAAGUUUAUUUUUCAGUCGUUGCUGAUUGCUAAGGGAAAUAACAGUAUUCCCAUAGUAAGGUUCAAAUUACUGCGAAAAUACAGAUCCAGUUUCAUCUCCGCUGAACAUUUGGAAACCAUGCACUAGCAACCCCAACUGACUUCUGCCUAUUAGAGGCAUUUGCCCUCUAAAGAAACAUAAAGAGAGAGAAAGAGAGAGAGGGGUAGGAGGAGAAAGUAAUAAACAAUUAGAUCUUCAUUAGUCUCCUGGCAAUAGAUGUAUCACUUACUGUAGUCUGCUUACACUCUCACAUGAAAAGAAAGUUCUAAAUUUGUAUCAAUCUGAGCUAUCACAAAGGGGAUCUUUUUUAACAGAGUUAAGGUAGCUGGAAAAUAAAAAGAAACAGAACAUCACUAGGAAGGGAUGUACAACCUAAACGCUCAUCAGCAGCUUUCCACUUUAAUUUGAACUCUGCAUACUGACAUACCAUAACAAUCAUAGGCCAAAUAUGCACAUAAUCUGCACCCCAUCCAGAAAUCUAAAACCUUCCUUUUAACAUGCAGAAUUGUUGGUCUAAGGCAUGCUCCCAGUCCACUCACUCCAGCCAAAACUGACCAGUCCACAUGCUUGAACACCCAUGUCCACUGUCAAUUAACCGAAGCAAAAUACCAAAGCAGUUGGGAGUACAUACAGUAGACAAUUUGCCUUAGAAAGUGACUUGAAUGUACAAAGAAACUUGAUGCACUUAUUUUUAAUGUUGAGACAGCAAAUUUAUAAAACAUCUGUGUAGGAUAGUACACCAGUAAAGAAGUGUGUGUGCACAUGUGUGGUACUAGACUGGUCAAAUGGCUUGGUGCUAUGAAUUACGUGUGUUAGUUACGCGAAUGCUUCAUUGAUGCAUUGAUGCACUUGGACAGCUCAACAAGGCAAGAUGAGCAUUUUUUUGAAAGCUUCUUUUGUACUGUGGAAGCAAGAUUGAAGUGGUGUCCAGUAUCAGAGUUACAAAGCUUAGUGAAACCUUCAGAAUGAUGAGAAAGGUUACCUGCAAGCCUGUACAGUAUUCAGCCUUCCUUUGUUUUACCUUAUUUUAUUAGUUUAAUUUAAGAGUGACUAUGGGAAUAAAUGUACAGAAACCUUUUUUUUAGAGCUGCGUGAACUUUUAAUAGAUGAAUUUUUAACAAACAUUUUCAUUUACAGGAAAAUGCAAAGAAAAAUUUUUCAGGUGAAGGCAGUUUUUUAGUAGUUUUGUAAGAUAAAUGAAUAAUGUUCUAGUGAGAGUGGGUAUUGAGGUAAAAUUUAUUGAAAACAGUCAACUGCCAAUACAUUUUGCUGGGUAGAGGGAUAGAAGGGCACCCUGAUAGUAAAAUUUAUCUACUGAUGAUGACAGGAAAUGAGAUUUCAAAAGCUGAUUACCUGAUAUUUACAAGGGUGUAAAUACAUUCUCAACCUUCACAAGAUCUUGAAAAAAGAUAGAAUAAGCAAUAAGUUAAAUAAGCCUCCCCUUCCCCUUUAUCCUGUUUACUCCUCUGAUUUCCUAUUCUUUUACUCUUCCUCUUCCUUUCUUCUUCCUUUAAUCUUCCUUUUUCUUCUCUCUUCCUUUACUCUUCCUUUCCUCCUUCCUCUCCCCCUUUCUUUCCUUCCCUAGACUGCUUGUGUAGGAACAGCAUCACUGUUCUGUGAUUUAAGAUGGUUAGGAUUUUUUUAGUCUCAUAAUUUCUACCCCGAUUAAAAAAUACCUUCUUACUUUGUAGAGGUUUGUAAAUCUGAAUUUAAAGAAGGUGUAAUAGCCUCCACAGAAUGGAGAUACGUGCUGGUCUUUAUGAUUCACCAUUAUGACUGGUAUUUAGGUUUCACAAUGUAAUGAACUAUGACCUCAUUUUAUUUUCUUUACUUAUAAUUUAUUUCGAUUUUACAUUGUUGGGAUGUUUUUGUUUAGUAGGUAUAUGUUUGCACACCUAAUUUUUAUGAGGGUUUUUUAAAUACUGCUUUAGUGUCCUUUAAAUGUGGGCUCCUGAGGCCCAUUUAAUGCUGUGAAUUACUGUUUAUCAGUUGUAAGGGGUCGUGAUUUACUUUUUUUGUCUCCUCUUUUUUUAGGUAUCUUUAGCAAUGCUGUUUUAUUUAUUGCUGUACCUUUUAAGUCAUUUAGAAUAACUCAGAAUGACUAUGGCACAAAAGGCAGAUGGAAAUGUGUUGUGAAAACAAGCAUGUUUGCUGGGCUCAUAAUCAUUCAAUUAAAAUUGCUUUUGUAAUACAUAGUCUACAAAGUUACAGGCAAAUGUUUGGCAGAAUAGUUGUACUACUUCUACAAUUCUUUCUGCUUUGUCUACUUUCUUAUAUAGAUCAGAUUUCAAACUUUUUGAGUGGGUGGGAACAGAUUUUCUGAUUUUCUCACAAUAUCUGAAAAGGUUUCUAUCUCUGCUUUGGCAGAAAAUCUGUUUUAACUACAGCAGUGGUCCUGAGACUAAUAUCACUUAGACCACUUAUUCCUGUGAAUCAGGAGCAAUUUCUCUACUGUCAGGGAAGUUACAGUCAUUUGGUCCUACUGUAAAUGAAAUUGGAAUCAAGCCUUAAGUCUCCCCAAGCAAGUUCGUGAUGGCUCAAGCAUUAGUUUUACUUUUAAAAUAAUAAUAAUAAUUAGACAGUUACAGCUGAUCUUAAAGUGUACAUUUGCUUUUCUUCUACAAGAAUAUUAAACCCCUCAUCUCGCUAUUCUGAGGUAUUUUAAUGCCUGUUCCAUCCAUUCCUUUUCAAAUGGCAACAGCGCCUGGGUGCAACACAACGACUAACUCCUCCAUUAGCUCCUCUUGCCCUUAAUGUCUUUCCUGCCUGUGGAACUAAUCUAACUGUGCUAGUCCUAGUGCUACACAAUUAGUUUAGUCUAACAGUCAUCAAAAUGUACCAUGUACAUUAACGAUGAGUGCUGUUGAUCAGCAUAGAUUUCUAGGAGCAUGGUUUGUUAUUGAUUACUCUGAUUAUAAAAUUCAAUAUCUGAGUGUGAAGGACACUCCAUUUAAAUGAUGGUAUUACCCAUAAAAGCAUCUCCAGCCAUGAUCUUUAUGCUAUUACUAUACUACUUCAUAUAAGUCAAUGAAGAAUUAUUGUUGGGGAUCCCACCCUACUCCUGAACUUGGACAGGGCCUCUCUUGCAUGCCUUUUCAAAGUCCUGUGGUGGGUCUGACUUCAUUGACUUCUAUUUUCACCCCAUCUUUCACAGAAAUCACUUUUAAUUUUUUUUAACUUACUUUACAUACUGUGGUGAAUGGAGAUAACUGUGUAUAUGAAUUUUUUUUAAUUGUCUAUGAUAGCUUAUACAUUUUAGGUGAGUCCCAGUACUCAUUUACUAAGAUUUAAUCAAUUUGUUAUUUGAAUUUUCAAUCCCUCCCACCGUAAGCAAUUCAGCUCCAAAGAGCACUUCCUGUGCCUUUGGGACAUUUCUGUCUAUGCUUCUCUUUGUUCAUCUGUCGCCAGAGGUUCUUGCUCAGUAAUGAUGUUUUGAAAGAAAUAGUAAUUUGGUUGGUCUGGAUUUAUCAGAAAAGGGAAAAGUGUAAUGUUUACACUUGACAGAAACUGUAAGCUUUCAUCUUUUCACUUAAUAAUUGAACAAAACACUAAAAGCAACUAGGGGAAAGCACUUCUUAGAAUGCAAUUAUAUUAUUCACCUGGUUUAAAAUGGUUUGCUAUUUAAAAUUUAAAAAAAAAGUCAGUUUGUUGUGACUUUACAAAAAAAAUUUAAAAAAAGUAACUAAAUAAAACAAUGACAUAAAAAUAUAGAUAGAAAAAAAAAAAAAAGAACCAUUUAAGAAGCAGCUUCUCCAAACUAGAUUAGCAACGAGCUCAGAUGGCAGAAGCUACUUCUUCAAGACUGGGCUGUAAUCACAACUGUAAAAGGGGAAAUUCGAAAUGUGCUUUCACGCAUUUGCAUGCAGCCAUUAUCUUCCAAACUAUGGAAAGAAACAGUCUUGUUGCUGGCUGAGAAGCACCUCACACACCUCCUCUCUCUUGUUCUGAAUGGUGUUUGUGUCAGUCUGCAGCUGUGUAUGGUAUUAUGUCUUAUAAUCCUGCAUCACUUCUAUUCUAUCCAGUCAUAUCUAAUGUAGAAAAUUAGUUUCCAGUGAAAGUAAUAUGUAGUGCUUUUAUGAUAUUUGUGUGCAAUAUCCCCUCUUCCAUUGAGGAUAUUUGAUGUAAAGGAAACAAACUCAGUUCCACAAUAAAAUACAAAAGUGGUAAA